CGUCGCUGGUCGAUCUGUUGGUUCGAGCUGGAGCUGGCAGCCAAUCCGGCCGACCCGACCCGCCGCCCGAAGGAGGAGCAGCAGGAGCUCCAGCAGCCGCAGCAGCCCCUGAAGCCCCAGAAGCGCGGCCCACUGCAUCAUUGCCGCCUCCACUCUCUUCGGCAGGCACCGCCCCGGCCUCCGACCGGGAGCUUGUCGAAGCUGCAAACCUCCCGCUUCCACCGUCACCCGGCACACCACCCCUCUCCGAAUCCACAUCCACAUCCGCAUCCGCAUCCGCACCCGCGCCGGCAUCUGCCCCGAAGAACCAGCCGACGAUUGUUAUUAAUCUUGCACCUCCGCCUGCGCCUGCAUCCGCGCCCGCUGCGUUUUCCUCGUCGCCCAGCAUGGCCCCUUCGCGGACGGACGGCGACAAAGAUGGCGUCCAUACAGGCAAGAUCUACUCGAUCUCCGGACCCGUCGUCGUCGCCGAGGGCAUGAUCGGAGUUGCCAUGUACGAGCUGGUGAAAGUCGGCCAUGACCGGCUCGUCGGCGAAGUCAUCCGAAUCAAUGGCGACCAAGCGACCAUUCAGGUGUACGAAGAAACAGCCGGCGUUAUGGUUGGCGAUCCAGUGCUGCGGACUGGCAAGCCCCUCGCUGUCGAGCUCGGCCCCGGUCUCCUGAACAACAUCUACGACGGUAUCCAACGGCCGCUGGAGAAGAUUUCGUCCUUGUCGAAGAGCAUCUACAUUCCCAGAGGCAUCGCCGCCCCCGCGCUCGACCGCGAGAAGAAGUGGGAUUUCACCCCGACCAUGAAGGUUGGCGAUCACAUCGCAGGCGGCGAUGUGUGGGGGACCGUCUACGAGAACUCGCUCAUCUCGGUGCACAAGAUUCUGUUUCCGCCGCGGGCUCGUGGCACCAUCACCAGGAUCGCCGACAAGGGCAGUUACACCGUCGAGGAGAAGCUCCUCGAGGUCGAGUUUGACGGCAAGAAGACGGAAUACCCCAUGAUGCAGACCUGGCCGGUGCGAGUCCCGCGCCCGACAACCGAGAAGCAGUCAGCCGACAAGCCAUUCAUUGUUGGCCAGCGCGUGCUCGACGCUCUGUUCCCUUCCGUCCAGGGCGGCACUGUUGCCAUCCCUGGCGCCUUCGGUUGUGGCAAGACCGUCAUCAGCCAGUCCGUCUCCAAGUUCUCCAACAGUGACGUGAUCGUCUACGUCGGGUGCGGCGAGCGCGGCAAUGAGAUGGCCGAAGUCUUGAAGGACUUCCCCGAACUUACCAUCAAGGUCGAGGGCCGCGAGGAGCCCAUCAUGAAGCGCACCACGCUCAUCGCCAACACCUCCAACAUGCCUGUCGCCGCGCGUGAGGCCUCAAUUUACACCGGAAUCACAGUGGCCGAGUACUUCCGGGACCAGGGCAUGAACGUCGCCAUGAUGGCCGACUCGUCGUCGCGCUGGGCGGAAGCCUUGCGAGAACUCUCGGGCCGUCUCGGCGAGAUGCCAGCCGACCAAGGCUUCCCCGCCUACCUCGGCGCCAAGCUCGCCUCCUUCUACGAGCGCGCCGGCAAGGUCCAGGCCCUCGGGAGCCCAGCGCGCGAGGGCAGCGUCAGCAUCGUCGGCGCCGUGUCCCCUCCCGGCGGCGACUUCUCCGACCCGGUCACGUCCGCCACGCUGGGCAUCGUGCAGGUCUUCUGGGGCCUCGACAAGAAGCUUGCGCAGCGCAAGCACUUCCCCUCCAUCAACACCUCGCUCAGCUACAGCAAGUACACGGCGGUGCUCGACAAGUGGUACGAGAAGGAGUACCCGGACUUCCCGCGGCUGCGCGACCGCAUCCGCCAGCUGCUGUCGGACAGCGAGGAGCUCGACCAGGUCGUGCAGCUGGUCGGCAAGUCGGCCCUGUCGGACCCGGACAAGAUCACGCUCGACCUGGCGACGCUGGUCAAGGAGGACUUUCUGCAGCAGAACGGCUACUCGGACUACGACCAGUUCUGCCCCAUCUGGAAGACCGAGUGGAUGAUGAAGCUCAUGAUGGGCUUCCACGACGAGGCCCAGAAGGCCGUCGCCCAGGGCCAGACCUGGGCCAAGGUCCGCGACGCCACCCAGGAGCUGCAGGCUCAGCUGCGCAGGCUCAAGUUCGAGGUGCCCACCGAGGGGCAGGAGAAGAUCUGCAAGAAGUACGAGGCGAUACAGCAGGCCAUGCUGGACAAGUUUGCCGCUGUGAUUGAUGAGUGAAAAAAAAGAGUUACCCUGCACGGGAGAUGUCCGGCCUGGUUGGCAUGUGUUUGUGUGUGUGCGUGUGUGUCAAGGACAAGUAAAGGAAGAGAUUGGUUUCCCUCACCAGGGUGGUUGUCAUGUAACUGUGCAUAUGGGAAGGAUGGCCUGGAACCUAGCACAUAGACUUCUUCGGGGAUCCUCAUUUUCGUCUCUUGGUU